AUGUCUCUCAUUGAUUAUGGAUCUUAUGAGAAAGCAAUUUGGGGUGAUUACAAAGUCGAUAGAGCCAAAGACUUUUUCUUGGUCAAUAACAGUUGGGGUUUACCUUUGCUACUUGCCCUUCAGUUAGCUUUUGUCGCCUAUUUUGGACCAAAAUGGAUGAAAAACCGUAAACCUUUCGACCUGCGACCUCUAAUGAUUGUUCUCAAUGGCCUUCACUUUGGUACCUAUGGAUGUGGAAUCCUAAUCUUGGGCUAUGGAAUCAAUUUAGGCCGCGAUUCUUGGGCUUGCAAGUCAAAGCCAUCUGAAGAGUUUCGUGAUGAUGUCAUGAUUCGUAUCGCCUAUGCAUUGUUUUGUAUGCGAUUAUUGGAGCUGUUUACACCGAUUAUAAUGGUUUUGAGGUGCAAAAAAGGUCAAUCUCCGGUCGCAAACUCUCUUUAUAAUGCUCUAUACAUUCUCAUUAUUUACCAUUGCAUGAACCGUUACUAUAAAGAUGUAGUUUACCUUUACCCUUAUACGGAUGCCAUGAAAAUAACGCUGCGAUCAGCUUACUAUUCAUUAACAUCACCAGGACCAGAUUUCCGUCGUUAUAUUUGGCCAAAAAAUUAUAUAACUGGCUUCUGCCUUGCUAUUUGUGUUCUCAAUGUCUACCAUUUAACCCACAUGAUCUCAAACAACUGUGAUGGCCCAAAGAUAAUUAUGUACGCAUUUCUGCUUCUGUCCAGUGCUGAAAUUGUCUUUCACUUGACCAAACUUUUCUCAUCCAAGGCUAAAAUUUCUAAAAAUGAACAAUUUGGUGAUGAAGUGGAUUCCAAAUUGGAUUGA